AAUAUUGGAAUUGCGCCGAGUUUAAGUCAUUUUACAAUAAAGAUGCUAGAGUGGAUACAGCUGACCCUUACUAUUGGAAUGAUUGGGUUGUUUUUGUACGUUUGGCUUACAAAAAAGAACGAUGUUAACGAUGCGCCUAGGCCAGCUGUUAAAUCGUUUUUGUCUCAAGAUGUCCAGACAGACAACACAGGUAGAAAUCAAGCAGUUACUAAAGCCGUUCAGACUGACAACGAAGGUCGAAAUCAAGCAGUCACUAAAGCCGUUCAGACAGACAACGAAGCGAAUGCAGCUGUGAAUGAUUCUGAUGACGGGUCAAUGGAUCUCUUCGUGGAUAAUCUGCAAGAUGAACAUGAAGCAACACUGAUCACAGGAGGAUAUUCCGUUUUGCAGAAGAAGAUCAUCUCAGAGUUGAAUCUUUGGCAAAAUAUAGUGAUACGGUUUGCUAUCAUUGGUGAAUCAGGAUCAGGCAAGUCGUCCUUUAUAAAUGAAAUGCUUGGAAUUACUUCGGACGAUCCUUAUGCGGCAAAGAUAGGCUGUAAUGAGUGCACGCCUGCAUGCCAAGAAUUUCGACACCCUUGUAAGAAGACAUUAUCGUUUAUUGAUCUUCCUGGUGUAGGAACACCAAACUUUCCGAAAGAAUCUUACCUUAAAGCUGUGAAAAUUGAGAGUUUCCACUUUUUUAUAUUGAUUACACAGUGUCGGUUUAAAGAAAAUGACCUAUGGCUGGUUAAAGAAAUUACGAAACGUGAAAAGCAUUUUUAUUUUGUUAGAACCAAAAUAGACGUUGAUGUUAGCUCGGACAAAAAAGCCCACCCGCGUUCACAUAAUCGAGUCAAACUGCUCAAGGAAAUUCGAACCAAAACAGCAGAACAAUUGAAAUCAAUAAAUAUUGGCCCAAACAAUGUUUUCCUGAUCGACAACUAUGAAACCAGACGAUUUUACUUUGAUAACUUGAUGGAAAGACUCAUUGUCGACGCACCGUCACUCAUUAAGCAAUCAUUGAUAUUUUCGAUAUCGGCAGCAAGUGCGAACAUACUAAAGGAAAAGGUAGCUUCUCUUCGUUCACGAAUAAAAUAUCAGGCAAUGCUUGCUUCCAUUGGCUCGCUUGCGAUUCAGGGAGUUGGAUUAGCUUAUGAAGUUGAAAUACUCAUGAAGGAGGUGAACUUUUACAAGUCACAAUUGGGAACAGAUAAGCAAACGAUGCAAGAGCUUGCAAUGAAGAUGUGUAUAAACGUAGAGCAUAUAUACAAGCGACUCGAUAUGACUUCGUAUAUUCUCUUAGCGUCAAGUGAUAGCUUUCUUAAGAUGUGUACUGAAUUUGCUGUAUCGGAAGCCACAGAGAGUUUGCUUAAAUGGGCUGCCCCUUCUUCCGGACAUUUAAUAUGUGCGGCAGCUAGCUUUCCUAUUUGUUACUAUACACUAAACAGAUUGCUGAAUAUGUGCGAAAAAGAGGCUUAUAAUGUGACCAUAAUGUUCGAGCAAUGGAUGUGCGAUGUAACGAGUGCGCCGAUAUAGUCAGAAGUUCGUGGAA